UGGAAAGAAAGUUGUAGUAGCUGUGACACUUGCUAGUUAACACAACCACUUGCAUUGCCUGAGUUAAUAAAAAAUAUUUAUUGAAAGACAGCGGUCAGCAAACAUGCUGAUAAAUGCCGCUUGACAAAACAUAAACCACGUGAGCGGAAGUGUUUGACAUCAUCAAAACACCGAGCCGUUCGGUGAAGCGGGCAGGUUGGAGCGGGUUGUUCAGGCGUAGCUAUGUUCUCCGUGCUACAAAUACCAAGAACCCCGUGGAGAGAACAGGGUGAAGCCGUGGUCGGUAAUUAAGUCAGUCGGUUAUUUUGUCUUGGAGGGUGUGGAAGAAAUUUGGUCCCGGACUUGUGUUGUUUUCUCCGUUCUGGCACAGCAGCAUCAUGGUUGAGCAGUCGGACCGCGCUCCGCUCCUGGACUGGGAGGAGAUCCAACCGGGAGAACCGCCCCAGGCGGUACCGUCAACCGUACCAGUGAAGGAAAAUGCAUCUGAGACAUGUACACCAGAUUGGCGGGCACCGGGCAGCGUCGUGCCGGGCAUCGAGAGCACCGUCAUUUCUGGCGAUUUGGCAAGUGCAGUUGUGAACAGCGUGCACUUGAGAAUACCAGAGUAUAGUGGACCGGGGUGGGAUGUUUCAAGUCCCACAGAGUCUAACCAUAUGUUCCCGGGAAUAUCAGUAAAAAACUGUUUAACGGAAUGGGAGGAGAAGGACCAGAUUGUGGCUGUGUUUGUGGUCACCUUUGACACCAGAUCAGGUAACAUGGUGGAAUGGUGUCUGCCUAAAGACGUGGAUCUGGAGGGCGUGGAGUUCAAGUCCAUGGCCAGCGGCUCACACCGGAUCGCCAACGACUUCAUAUAUUUCCGUAAAGGACGCUAUUUUGGCCUGGCCUGUUUUGCCAACAUGCCCGUAGAGAGUGAGCUGGAGAGAGGGGCGAGGAUGAAGUCUGUGGGCAUCCUGUCCCCAUCCUACACGCUGCUGUACCGCUACAUGCACUUCCUGGAGAACCAAGUGAGACACCAGCUGAAGUGCCCAGGCCAGUAUUUCCCCCUGGAGGCCUUUUACGAAGACAAGAAGGCUGUGCUGCCCCCUGCAGAGAACGGGCUGGUCACUCUCUGCCCCAGCAGCGUCUGGACGGCAGCCCCCAUCAACCGCUGCAUGCACCCAGAGAUGAAGAUCACCCACCCAGCAGGAUGCAUGUCCCAGUUCAUCCAGUUCUUCGGGGAGCAGAUCAUGGUGUUGUGGAAGUUCGCUCUGCUCAGGAAGCGCAUCCUCAUCUUCUCCUCCCCUCCUGUAGGGGUGGUCUGCUAUAGGGUGUACUGCUGUUGCUGCCUGGCUAACAUGUCCAUCCCCGGGCUGGGCGUGUCCGUGCCGGAGCUCCGCCCCUUCUUCUACAUCAACGUGGCAGACAUCGCCACCCUGGAGACGGAGGUGUCGUACGUAGCCUGCACGACGGAGAAGAUAUUCGAGGAGAAGAAGGAGCUGUAUGACGUGUAUGUUGAUAACCAGAACGUGAAGACGCACAGAGACCGACUGGGACCCCUGCUCCGGCUGAACGAGGCAGACAAGGAGAAGUACAGGAAACUAAGUGAACAGAGGCAACUGCUGCUGUACUCCCAAGAAGUGGAUGAAGACUGCACCUCAAAUGACGAGGACCUCUUUGUUCUGUUCUUCAUGGAGCAGAACAACAGGAUCUUCCAGAUCCUGUCGGAGGUGGCGGGGAGCUCGGACCGUACUCUGACCGCUGAGCAUGUGAGGGCGAUGGGCCUGGACCCCCAGGGAGACCGCCUCUUCCUGGUGGACCUGCUGGAGCUGUACGGCAUCGACGCCAUGCUGGUCAUAGACAACCCCUGCUGCCACUGAAAACUCUGGACAACCUUUUUGAGGCCUUCUUGGAUCUAACACCCCUGAACUGCCCCCCUCUGGAAGGCCCUGUCACCCCAAAACUGCCCCCUUCUUGAAGGCCCUGUCAUCCCAGAACUGCCCCCUUCUUGAAGGCCCUGUCAGUCCAGGAUGUUUAUCCCAGGACAGGGAUGUUUAUUUCUCAUAUCAUUUCAAAACGUGUUGCCCAGUCCUGUAUCAUUUCAAUAUUCACAAAGAAGAGGGGAGGCCUUCUGCUGCGAAACCUCACUUCUAUAUUACAGCAUCAGUACUGUAUUGAACGGUUGUUUAUCUCAAUUAGUUUUUCGCCGUCUUCUGGACAUUGGUGCAAAUGAACAUCAAUUGUUGCGUAGUGUUCUAGAUUCGAUGUUCUAGGGACGCGUUGGUCACACCGGUGUGACGCUACGCGUGAAAGGGUUGCCACUGUACGACAAACUCAUGAACAAAAUCGGAUGUACAUGUGGUCUCACCUUAAAAAAAAAAAAAAAAAGGGAAAGGGACAAAAUGAUUUUUAUGACCUCAUCAUGUGAAAGGGACAUUGUGUUUGUUAGGACUGCAGCUGGCGAAGGUGGAGUCACCUGUUGAGCCGAGACUGAUAAGAGAAUUCCCAUGAAAGGCUGUCACCUCAGUGGGAGCGCCCUCUGGUCUGGUCAUGUUGAUCUUCUGACUUCUGGGGGAAGAUCACUGCCUGAACGCCGCCUGAACACGGUCACGUGUGCGGUGACUUAUCCUGAGCUGUGUAACGUUUCAUCACAGUUCUUACACUUGUCCCGUGAACAACUAAUCUAGGGAAACCUCAACGAAUGUGAAUUACACAACCCUAAUCGACUCCUGCUGCAUCUCAACCACAGACUUUAUCCAUGUUGACUGAAUAAUAUUUUCUGUGCUCCUUUAGGACCUAUGUCGGUUCUGGCCCUGUGUUAGGGUGAGUAGUGCACUGAUGGAAGGAGAGGGCAGGCAGUGUGAGCUAGCUGGUGCUGUUCUGGAGGAAGUUCUCUCUCUGCUGAGUCUUGCUCUGGGAUUCAAACCACCUCCACUGCAAUCACUGUAUUUAAGAUGAAAUGGGUGGUGAAUCUAGAACUUCCUAGACUCAUAGCUAAUUCCCCCCCAGGCCAGUUUUUAGCUGUGUGUGAUUUAUAAUGUAAAUGUACUGUUCCGUACGGUCGCUGUUAGCUAUAUGGUCUGAUUGAAUUCUCCUGAUCUGAACCACAGUGGGCUAUGAGAACUGUGAGAGAAUAAAACUGCAGGAGAGUCUCUUGUUGUCUGGGACAGUUCUGGAGAAAGGCUUCGCCAGUCUGUCAGACACAGAGAGCUCUUUGUGUGCUCUGUGUCCUGGAGAGGCCGUUCCUGGGGUUGAAGAGAGGGGGACCACCCUUCACCAGGCAGACAGGCCCCAUGUCUUCUGCAUGAAGGGGUCCUCUCUAACUCUCUCUUUCCUUCUCUGUCUCUCUCGUUUUUCUAUUUCUUUUAAACACCGCUCCAUUCAUUAUGGUUUGAAUUCCAGUUGGUCCUCGUCUUGGGGGGAAGAGCUGAGUGUCUCUUGAAUGGGGGCCUGCCCCUUUUGUUGGCCCCCUAAUGAACUGAGCUGUCAGCCCAAAUGGAUCUGUAGUCACUGAUGUGAAUGGGGACAUCCUGAAAGUUCAGACUGGAGUCAGAAUGUUCAGAGACACUUUUCGACGAGCCCCCAGUCCCACCCAGGUGAGACCCCAGUCCCACCCAGGUGAAACCCCCAGUCCCACCCAGGUGAAACCCCAGUCCCACCCAGGUGAAACCCCCAGUCCCACCCAGGUGAGCCCCCAGUCCCACCCAGGUGAGACCCCAGUCCCACCCAGGUGAAACCCCCAGUCCCACCCAGGUGAAACCCCCAGUCCCACCCAGGUGAGACCCCAGUCCCACCCAGGUGAAACCCCCAGUCCCACCCAGGUGAAACCCCCAGUCCCACCCAGGUGAAACCCCAGUCCCACCCAGGUGAAACCCCCAGUCCCACCCAGGUGAAACCCCCAGUCCCACCCAGGUGAAACCCCCAGUCCCACCCAGGUGAAACCCCCAGUCCCACACAGGUGAGACCCCAGUCCCACCCAGGUGAGACCCCAGUCCCACCCAGGUGAAACCCCAGGCCAUUCAUGAGACUUCAGCCUGGGGAAGUUACGAGAGGCCCGGACCCCUGUAUGGGUUAAUAACUUCACGCCUCCAUCAUCGCAGGGUAAACUUGACGGUUUGUCAGCGGCUGGUGUGUUUGACGUCCCGGCUCCUGUCAACAGAGAAGAUGUUAGGUGUCUGUUGUCCUCCUCACCACACAGCAGGUCCCCACUGCGCUGGAUCUCCUGGUUGUUCUGCAGGUGUGUUUACCUGGAGCUCUGUGUCAGUCUGGGGAAUGUACAGGACACACACGCACUGUCUGAAAUGCCUUCUUUGUGGACUCAUUCACGUACCUUAACCAGCAUUCGGUCAUCUGACUUUAUUUGUACAGUGUGCCUCCUCACUGAAUGUCAAUAGAGCAAAUCUGUAUUACACACAUGGCAGUAUGCAACAGUCUUCACACAGUCUGGACUGUUCUCAGUGUGCUUCGUAACCGCAAUGUGAAUCAACACUGCACUCACAGCUAUAGCUAACUUAACACAGUAACCUGCCCUAGUUCCAUGGUAGGUGACGUCAGUUGGGCACACAGCCUGAGGAACUCGAUGACCUGAGUCUCUCUCCUGAGGUUGGUUAAUGACGGGUACACAGUACUGCCAUUGUGAAACAAUAAAACUGUUAUCUGA